CUUACAUAACUGAGACAGCAGAUUUAGUGGAAAGAGAGAGGAGGCACAGACUGGGGAUGGGAACAGUGAACUGUCGGCAGGGGCAACAUGCCCAGAUGGCUGCUCCUCGUAAGCAGGGUGGCAACAUCCAGGGCCCCUGGGUCCGAGGCUGGAAGAGCCUCUGGUCAGGUGUGGGGACCACCAGGUCAGGUCUGGAAGAGCUGUGGGGACUACGAGGGCAUCGGUGCCUACACCAGGAGCCCCUGGGGCCAGCCCUACUAGUAGAGAAGCCUCUGCCUGAGUGGCCAGUGCCUCAGUUCAUCAACCUCUUUCUGCCAGAGUUUCCUAUGAGGCCUCUUAGGGGGCAUCAGCAGCUGAAGAUUUUAGGCCUUGUGGCUAAAGGCUCCUUUGGAACAGUCCUCAAGGUGCUAGAUUGUGAUCAGAAAGCAGUAUUUGCAGUGAAGGUGGUGGCCAAGGCAAAGGUCCUGCAGAGGGACAUCCUGAGGCAGUGCAAAGAGGAAGUUAGCAUCCAGCGACAGAUCAACCACCCUUUUGUACACAGUUUCGGGGACAGCUGGCAGGGGAAACGGCACCUCUUCCUUAUGUGCAGUUACUGCAGCACAGAUCUGUACUCCCUGUGGUCCACUGUUGGCUGCUUUGCUGAGGCUUCCAUCCGCCUCUUUGCUGCUGAGCUGAUCCUGGUGCUGUGCUAUCUCCAUGACUUGGGUAUCAUCCAUCGAGAUGUGAAGAUGGAGAAUAUCCUUCUGGAUGAACGAGGCCAUCUGAAACUGACAGACUUUGGUCUGUCUCGCCACCUGCCCCAGGGAGCCCGAGCCUAUACUAUCUGUGGCAGUCUUCAGUACAUGGCCCCAGAGGUCCUGAGUGGAGGGCCUUACAACCAUGCCGCUGAUUGGUGGUCCCUGGGUGUCUUGCUUUUCUCUCUGGCAACUGGAAAGUUCCCAGUACCCGCAGAGAGAGAUCAUGUGGCCAUGUUGGCAAGUGUGACCCACUGUGACUCUGAGAUCCCAGCUUCUCUUAACCAGGGGCUCUCUCUCCUGCUUCAUGAGCUCUUAUGCCAGAAUCCCCUCCACCGUCUACGUUAUUUGCAUCACUUUCAGGUCCACCCUUUCUUUCGGGGUGUGGCCUUUGACCCAGAGCUCCUACAGAAGCAUCCAGUGAACUUGGUCUUGGAGACACAAGCUACCCAGUCCAGUCCAUCAUCAGAGUCCAUAUUCUUCAAGGACUUUGAAUGUAACCUGGAGUCCUACCUGGUCCACCCCAACCUUGCUUGAGCUCCUCUACAAUAGGUUUGGGUCUAUCUGGAAACCUGAGGACAUCCUCCACUGCCAACUCAGUAUGACCACCUUUGAUGAUCCAGUUUUUCUUUUUUUUUUUUUUUUUUUUUCUUUUUUUGCUGCAUCCAUGGCAUAUGGAAGUUUCUGGGCCAUGGAUUGAAUCUAAGCUGCAGCUGAGACCUAUGCCAUAGCUGUGGCAAUGCCAGAUCCUUAACCCACUGCAGCAGGAACUUGAUGUUUGUUUUUACUUUGUAGCCUCUUAUCAUUUCUGUUCUGUAGCUGCUGGACCAGAGUUCAGACUGGGCAUUCUGCUACUGGCAGCCAUAAUGCCCUGGUCCUUACCGUAUCAUACAACCCAUCUCUCAAUUCAACAUUUUAGAGUGUGGACCUUUCCUUUGCUUCAUUUCUCCAGCAUUUAUACUUUGCAGUUUUUAGCCACAAGUUUAUUCCACUUUUCCUUCCCCUUGUUUCUGUACCAUGUUUCCUUUCGUGAGCAAUAACAAUACUUAUGGGUUCCCAAGGUGCUAUUUAUGUAUUUAAUAGGCUUGUCAUAAGCAGUAUGAAUGUUUUUCAGAGGUCUCAAAAUCUGGCAUUUAAUUCAUCCCCUAAAUAUACAGGUAAAACAUAUGAUCUGGAGACUCAAAGCCAGUUUAAUUUUUUUUUUCUUUUUAUGGCUGCACCUGAGGCAAAUAGAAGUUACCAGGCCAGGGGUCACAUUGGAGCUGCAGCUGUGGCCUAUGCCACAGCCACACCAGAUCCCAGCUGCAUCUGCAACCUACUCUGCAGAUUGCUGCAAUGUCAGAUCGUAACCCAUUGAGUGAGGCUAGGGAUCAAACCUGUAUCCUCUGAGACAAUACUGGAUCCUCAACCUGCUGAGCCACAAUGGGACCUCUCCAGACUAAUUUUAAAAAAUAUUAAAAGUGAAUCUAAUAACCUACUAUGAGGAAGAGAAUAAGAAAUGAAACAUGAGUGGGUUAAAUGUCUUUUCUAGGGGUAAUUGGAAUAGCUAUCCAUGUUUUUUCCAGAAUAAAACCUCUGAAAAACGAAAUGACCUUUAAACUGAUCAUUUCCCUAGACUGCCCAGGAUUCUUUGUGAUGGGCAAACCAAGGGAUUAAGAGGCAUGACAUUUUCUUUAGUAAGAAAAAUCAUCUGGACCUUAAAUUUGUAUACAUUCCUGGAGUUCCCGUCGUGGCUCAGUGGUUAACGAAUCUGACUAGGAACCAUGAGGUUGCGGGUUUGGUCCCUGGCCUUGCUCAGUGGGUUAAGGAUCUGGCGUUUCCUUAAGUGAGCUGUGGUGUAGGUCGCAGACGCGGCUGGGAUCUCACGUUGCUGUGGCUGUGUUGUAGGCCAGAGGCUGCAGCUCCGAUUCGACCCCUAGCCUGGGAAUCUCCAUAUGCCGUGGGAGUGGCUCAAGAAAAGGCAAAAAGACCAAAAAAAAAAAAAAAAUUUGUAUACAUUUCUGACCUUUAUGAUCUUUUCAUUUUUUUUUAGACUAGGUUCUUAAAAAGUUACUUAAUUUUCAUUAUUCUUCAGUUCUAUCUGAUCUCUCAAAGAGAGUCUGGGAAGUACUCUGAGUACUAUCAGUUUGUCCUUGGAUUAGGCCAGAUUUUCCCUGUACAUAGCUGGCAUUUUACUGGCCUCUGUAGAACUGAUUUUUCUGGAUAACACUUUGGCAAUCCAUACGAAAAUCCCUAUGAAAUUUAAUUGCUGUGGAUACUGUAAAGGGUGUUUAUCAUAAUUCAUAAUGUUCUAUUUAAGGAUGCAUGGGAGAAAUUUUCUCUGAACUCAGUUAUGCUUUUCCUGAAUUGCUAAUUGUUUUUUUUUCCUUAAAGAUAGUAAAUAUUCAACUGAUUCUAUUUUUCUUUUCAUAUUGAUGCCAAGACCACUUAGAGCCCAGUUUGUGGCCCACCUCCAGCAAACGCUUAGGACCUCCUGUUAUGUUUUGUAUGCUAGCCACAUUCUUGGUUCCAUCUUCCUUUUCUACCUUUACUUAUUCUCAUUUUUCUGUUUUAGUCUUUUUUAUUUAUCUUAUUAGAUUAUCUUCAUCUUUGUAUGCCUUUUAGAAUGAGGUUGGGAUAUAAAAAAAUAAAAGAAUGCAUUCUUAA